AUGCAAGUGUUAUCAUCAAUAGUGCAAUUGAGCCGAUUUUUACAGCACAAAACGUUGUUCAUCGAUCCUCGUUUCAUAUCAAAAAUGCAAGAUGUUUACACAGAUUUAAUUGGUGAUAAUCAAUUAUCUAUUGGUGAGGAAAAUCUUGACGAUAUCUUGGAGCCCAAUACCGUGAUGAUGGCAUUCUUUGACCAUGAUGGGCUUGAUAUCGUAGUAGGUCCAGCAAACUGGACAACAUUCGUGUGGACUUUACGGCGUAGUAGAUUUAUCAGUUGUAGGAAAGAUUCUGCAAUUCGAUUUCGCAAAACCUAUCAUCAAUUCUUCAGCGAAAAACCUAAAAUUCCAAAUGAAAUCAUAUUGACACUUCAAAGAUUCCGCAAUUGGGCUAUCGAGCGUGGUAUGAUACCGAUGCUCUAUGCGGGCACCUUGCUUGGUUGGUAUCGAGAAUGUGGUAUUAUACCGCAUACACACGAUAUCGAUUUUGCGAUCUUCAUCGAGGAACAUUAUGAUGCAUUUCCAGAUGAUAUUAUGAACAGUUCGUUUAUGGAGCUUAGUCUACGAUUUAACAAAAGGAAAAUAUUCCAAUGGAUAUUUUCUUCAUAUAUCAUAAUCAAAAUAAUUCCUGGAUUGGUGGUUUAUCCAGUUCGAUCAAAUAUAGGCAAGUUUAUUUAUCCGUUGAUAAAUCGGACUUGUGGAACUGAUCUCCUUGGUUAUUUGAUGUAUGUACCGUGCAAUGCAUUAAAUAUUAUUGUGUAUGAAAAAGAAAAAACCGAUAAAGAAAGCAUCGAUACAAAACGUGUAACAACGCAAAGUACUUGGACACUAUAA